AUGGGGAUACGGCACCUUUUGCUGCUGCUAAUAUACCUGGACCCGCUGAGCGUGCUGAGCGCCGCGACAGGCGGCAAAAAGCCCAAGCAGGCGGCCAGGAAGGUUCCCAAAGCCACGGCGGUCCCCACGGUCGCCCCGCAGAAGACGCCGCAGCCGCCCCCCGCCAGCAACCACGACACCUGCCUGGGCUACUACGACGUGAGCGGACAGUAUGACAAAAUGUUCGAGUGCAACAACACGGACCACCGGUACUGCUGCGGGACGUGCUACCUGCGCUUCUGCUGCGAGUACAAGAAAGACCGGCUGGAUCAGAAAGCCUGCAAGAACUACCAAACGCCGGUGUGGGUAGUGACGGCCGCCCCGUCGCCCGUCCCCACCGGUGAAACGUACGAUCCGAGCAUGGAUCAGACCAACACGGCGGUCUAUAUCACCUGUGGGAUCAUAGCCUUCAUCAUAGUGUUGGGAGUGUCGGUCAAAGUUGCGUACGACAAAGCGACGGAGCCGCCUCAGGAAAUGAAUAUUCAUAGGGCCCUUGCAGACAUCCUGAGGCAGCAGGGGCCCAUCCCCAUAUCGCAAUAUGACUGUGAGAAUUUUGCAGCGAUGAACGGCUCACCCAAAGACAACACACCAGUCAGAACCUCAUCCAAGAACCACUACACCCCUGUGCACACCUCCAAAUCCAACCACGGUCUCCACUAUGGAAAGGAGAGCGUCCGCAGCAGCGGAGGUGCUGAUCUCCACAACUUCAUCUCGUCUGGUUUUGUGACGUUGGGUCGAGGCCAUCCGAAAGGAGAAAAACAUUGGCCGGUCCGCUCCCAGAGUCACCAUGGUACCCAUCAGCACAACUAUAACCAUGUGGCUCUAGGUAGCCCUACACGCACACCUAAGAAUGCUCACCGAUCAUUGAGGCGUGAAAACAAUCGGAUAAGUGGCAUCCUGACCUCGCAGACGGAACCCUACGACCUGUCUUUCUCACGCUCCUUCCAGAGCCUGUCACACCUGCCGCCCUCCUAUGAGGCGGCCGUCAAAGCCGACCUCAACCGAUUCUCAUCCCUGAAGAAACUCACAGAUAAAGAAGUCGAAGACUACUACACUCGUAAGCGCCACCUGCCCGACCUGGCAGCAAGAGGCACUCUUCCCUUGCAUGUUCUCAAAAUCAGUCAAGACCAGCACCGGGAACAGCAGCAGCAGCUCCAGAGCCAGCCCCCGCAGUCCUCCAUCUCCCAGGCCCCUCCCCAGUCCCAGUCUUCACAGCAGCAGUCUCAGCAAAGGCAGAGGCCCCGUCGCGUCCAGAGGGCCAUGUCCCAGGACCGCGUCCUGUCCCCGCAGAGGGCCCCACAGCAGGAUUACAGCAUGUCUUCUAAUGGUAUGUCGCCAUACGGAGGCAGGAUCCUCUCAGACGAGCAGCUCCUGUCCGCAGAACGCCUUCGAUCCCAGGAGCGUCUCCUUCCACAGGACCGCCACACUUCCCAAGAUCGUCUGUACUCCAAGGACCGCAUGUACUCCAAGGACCGGCUCCUGUCGCAGGAUCACCUCUACUCAAAAGACCGCCACUACUCUCAAGACCGCCUCUAUUCACAAGAUCGCCUGUACUCACAAGACCGCCUCCUAUCCCAGGAUCCUCUGCUCUCACCGGACAAGCUGAUGAUGUCGCUAAAGCACGGCAUGGUCAGCAGCAUCUCUGGCGGCUUUCGUGGCAGCGACUUGUCGAUGUCGCGCGCCAUCUCGCACACGGACGUGUUCAUACCAACCACACCUCUUAUGGAUCGCUACAAGAUGACCAAAAUGCACUCCCAUCCCAGUGCCUCUAACAAUGGUGGCGGCGGGGCAUCAGGAGCGGGAAGCACCGGGCACUCCAACACUUUAGCCAUGAACCAGACAGCAUCUAAGAGGCAGGCGUUCGCCUCCAGACGGACUCAUACUGUGGAGCAGCUCCACUACAUCCCACAGCACCACCAGCAGCAGCAGCAACAGCCACAGCACUACCGUACAGGCAGCAAGACUGAGGUGACUGUGUAA